CCUAAACCGACGAGGCUAAGAAGAGAGAGAAGAUAAACUUGCUCUGCAUCCACUAAUUUACUCAAUCAUGCUGGAAGGAAAAGCAGUGAUUGGUGAAACGGAUAUGCUCGAAACCAUGCAACAAGAUGCACUUCAUAUAGCAGCGAAGGCACUCGAUUUCUUUGAUGUCAACGAGGCCACUGAAAUAGCCCGUUUUAUUAAAAAGGAAUUUGACAGUCAACAUGGAUCUGGAUGGCAAUGUAUAGUAGGAACUAAUUUCGGUUCAUUCGUGACUCAUUGCUAUGGCUGCUUUAUCUAUUUUUGCAUUGGCAGCCUUACAAUUUUGCUCUUCAAAGGAUUAAGUGGACAAGAACCCGAGGCAGAUGAAUUUCCAGCUUUAGAAUCAGAGACUAUAGCAUGAAGCAUUAAUUGCUAAAUUUUCUAGCUUCAUACUUACUGUAUAAUUGAAAGCAGUAACAAAGAAUUAUAAUUCAGAAGUUCAAGU